AUGAUCACUACUCACCACAAUUCAAUUCAGUGCAUUGUUUUGAGCUGCCUUUCACCCAUCAAGGGGCAAAUAUCAAGCGCUAGCAUUACAUCACAGGAUCCGAACGCAAUGUGGGCACUUCUGGGACUGCUGCACUUGGCGGCGGGCGAUACUCCCUACCAGCAGCCCGAGCAGAUACAUAUCGGCCUGGGCUUGGCUCCAGGCGAGAUGACCGUGCACUGGUCUACUAUUCAGGAGAGCUUCCUUCGCAAGUUGAGCCCAUACUGCCCCGGAGACUCAUUUGUGAUGUACGGUUUGGCAAAGGACGAGCUCAACAGGACAGCAGCCGGCUCGCAUUUUCUCUUUCAGGACUAUGGGGAUGAGCGAAGAAACUUCACCAUGCACAUUGCUACCAUGACGGACCUGCUUCCAAACAGGCUUUACUAUUACAUUGUUGGAGGGAAUGCGACGGGCUGGUCCGCAGCCAUGCACUUCAAGAGCGCGCCGGUUUCCAGGAGUGACGUUCAGGCUGCGCUGCCGAUGACCUAUGCAGUUUUUGGGGACCAGGGCGACUACAAUGGGCAGACCCUGCCUUCGCUUCAGAUGGCGGCACGAAAUGGUGAGUUGGAUAUGGUCCUUCAUGUCGGUGACAUGGCAUACGACUUCGACAGCGACAACGGCAGGAACGGGGACGCUUGGAUGCGCGACAUCGAGCCUUUGGCAGCGACAGUUCCCUACAUGGUGAGCAUGGGCAACCACGAGGCAAGUCAAAACUUCAACCACUACACGCAGAGAUUCAGGAAUAUGCCAUCCAACAGCGGCAGCAUCUCCUUGCCAGAGUUCGGAACUGUGCCAAACAAUUGGUGGUACUCCUGGAACCACGGCCUCAUUCACUUCUUGACCGUCUCCACCGAGGUGUACUUCAACUACCCCAACAUGGUGGCCGAGCAGUACGUGUGGCUGGAGCAUGACCUCGCGGCAGUCAACAGAAGCGAGACUCCCUGGUUGAUUGUGCAUGGGCAUCGGCCCUUGUAUUGCUCCUGCGAUACCGACUGCGAUGCCGAUGCCACAAUCAUUCGGAUGGGCAUCAGCUAUCCAGAUGGGACAUUCAAGCAUGGCUUGGAGGAGCUCUUCUACAAGUAUGGGGUUGAUCUAUACCUAGCAGGCCAUGAACAUGACUACGAGCGCAUGUUCGAUGUUUCGCCAAGAUACGACCCAGCGACCCCAUGGCUGAGCGGUGUCACCACUCAAAGCACCGUGGACCCCCCAGCCACUACCUACAUUAUCACCGGCUCCGCGGGGAACGUCGAGGACCACGAACCAUUUACUCGUCCAGCACCUUCUCGGAGUGCGAAGCGCUUGAACACCUAUGGCUGGUCCCGCAUGACUGUCCACAACGCCAGCCAUCUGUUGUGGCAGCAGCUGCAGACAGAUUCUGGAGCACCUCCUGAUACUUGGGGGCAAGUCGUCGACGAGGUGUGGGUCGUCCAGAGGCACCACGGUCCCUUCAACCAGCACCCCAGGCAAAAUCUGCGGGAAAAGGGCUUGGUUGGCCUGCCGGAGAAGGGCAGAUGGCAGUACACCAAGCGCAGCGCGGUCUCCGAUCAGUUUGAUUGCCUUUUCGCUAUGCUGCUCAGUGCUAGCCUGCGCCGCUCCGUCGCCAAAGGAGCUUGGGGCGCAGAGGCCACGGGCUUCACGGCGGCAUGGCACCUUGGCCAGGAAAAGACUGCGGAAGUCAUCACAGCAGCAAGCAAGGCCAUGGUGACGGAAGAGAAUGAGGUGCCGAGCGGGACGUUGCACGAGUCCGUCCUGUCGGCUGCAAGGGGCCUCCACUUGUCCAAGGUCCAGGUGGAGCGGCUUAGCGUUGCGAUGGCCUCCUUGGAUCACAAAAUCUACGCUCGCCUCCUGCAAGUCCUGAAAGCCACCGCGGCUCCACAGCAGCAUUCCACAGCGGAGAAGGUGGCAGAGGUCGUGUCAGCAACUGCCAACGCCAACUUCACCUGGGAACAGGUCGCAGAUGCUGCAGCUGCUGCAGCUCAGAAGUUGACGGAGGGUGCCACGACCACACUGCCCCUACAGGGCUUGGCAGAGGCUACCAUGCCUUGGGGCCCAGAGGCCAUGGCGGCGGUGGUUGCCGCCGCAGGGGAUGAAAGUCCUCGUUCACAGCUGGUCAUUGCAGAUAUGUUUCGAGCUGCGAGAGAGAGCGCGUCUCAACCCAUGUGGUCUUCUGGCGAGCGUGCCUUCGGAUCAGAGGCUGAAAGAGUUGCCGGCGUUGUGCGCGACGCGAUCUACGAUUCCUCCAUUCCAGAGCAGGAGAAGCGGGCCAUCGUCGAAGCAGUAGCUGAAGCUGCAACAGUUGCUGAAAAGCCUGGGUACCUCUUCAACGGCACUGAGGGCAUGGACCCGAACUUGCAGAGAGACCUACUGGCACUCAGUCGGGCAGCUCGCAGUGCCGGCUUCUCGGACCACGAGGUGGCACGCUUCAAAGUGCAGUGGCAGGGAAUGACGCCCCAGCAGCGCGGCGUGGCCAAGCACAGCCUCGAUGCCUUGGUGGGGCGGCAGCGAGGCAAUUCAUCCACUGAGAAGGUGGCCGCCGUGGUAAAGGCGCUGGAGAAUGCAGGCCUCCAGGACACAGAGGAAGCGACCUAUGCCUCAUGGGCACUGCGCAGCGCCAAGGGAGAGACUCAGGAGGCCAUGCCAGGGCGCACUGCGCUUGAGCAGAGUGUGGAGGAUGCCAAGUCUGCUGGCCUUAGCGGCCCCCAGCUGGCAGCUAUGGUAAAGGCUGUGGCAGCAUUGUCUCCAGAGGAACGGCAGCAAGUCGUAGCGGCGUGGGCAGCGGUGGCAGGGAAGAGCGAGUCGCACAUGACAAUGAUCAGCGACUGUCAUCGUUGGAAGCCACCGUGCUCAUUGGCAUGUUGCGGCGCACGCCGGGCAAUUGACCAGUCGAAUCGCACAACGGCCAUGGGGUUUACUCAGAGGCAAAGUGGAGAUUCGGAGAAGCAGGUGCUGGAGGAGCUGAGCGUGGUUGCGUACAGCGCCAUCAAGGCAGGCCUUCGGCCGGACCUUUUGGAGAAAGCCGACGGCAUGGCCCAGCAGAUGAGCCCCUACGGCCAGAUGAAAGCUUCGGCAGCAAUCCUCCAGUGGGCGCAGGAAGGGCCUAUGCAAUGCGGGUAGCCACGAGAUCAGGAUAACUCAGCGUCUGGAGAGAAAGCCGGAGGCAGCUGAACACGAGGGAGUGAGUCGCGACGGAUGGUGAAAGCUGCCAUUGAAUCUAUUUGACGAGUCAUAAGUGCAGCUGCAACCAUGCCAAACCAUGCCAAACCAUUGGGGGCUCGGCGGAAAGGUUUCAAGGCCAGCCCUUUUACUCUUGGCCAGGCU